AUGAGGACAGGAUUCGUGGCCGCCCUAGUGGGCGCCGCAUUGGUGGGCAGCGGUCUCGCUGAUCACCCAGGCCCUCUUGGCAAAUGGUUGGGAGGUGGUGGUUGCCCCUGGGGAGACAAAACUGCUUCUGGAUCUCAUCCUACGACGGAUAUGCCAGAUACUGGUGUGACCAGAUACUACGACUUCACUGUUGCCCGCAACACCCUUGCACCUGACGGAGUGCAACAAGCAGUCAUCGUGGUCAAUGGGCAGUAUCCCGGUCCUCUCAUCGAGGCAAACUGGGGUGACUGGAUCGAGGUGAAUGUCCACAACCAGAUCUAUGGACCAGAAGAACCGACUUCGAUCCACUGGCACGGUCUGAACCAACCCGGCACACCUUAUUACGAUGGCGUUGUCACUGUUUCUCAGUGCCCGAUCGUUCCUGGCGGCAAUCUGACCUACAGAUUCCGAGCGGAUGAGUACGGGACGACGUGGUGGCACGCCCAUUACUCGGCGCAGUACUCUUCAGGUGUUCUCGGGCCCAUCGUGGUCCAUGGGCCAAACGACGCUGAAUACGACAUUGAUCUCGGACCCAUCCUGGUUACAGAUUGGUUCCAUGACUCGUACGAAGAUAUUGUCAGCCUCGUCAUGGCCCCCAGUGCAAGUGGGGCGCCAUUCCGACCGUUUUCAGACUCCAACCUCGUCGGGGGUGCCGCUCAAUAUCCUUGUGCGAAUGUUACCAAUGGUGCUCCUUGCUCCGUCGUCCCAUACGCAUCGUGGGAAUUCCAGCCCGGGAAGACGCACCGCCUGCGCUUUGUUAACACGGGAGCCUCGGCGUUCGAGUCGAUCUCGAUCGACGGCCACACAAUGACGGUCAUUGCGAACGACAUGGUCCCCGUCCAGCCCUAUCAGACCCAGUCCAUCACCAUCGGCGUGGGUCAGCGGACGGACGUGCUUGUUACUGCGAAUCAAGCCCCAGGCACUUACUGGCUUCGUGCAUUCAACACGCCCUGCGGAGACAGCAACGGACCUGAUGGACGCGGCAUCAUCUACUACACCGGUUCAUAUGCCAGCGUGACGCCGACUUCGACAGCAAGCGCCCCAGGGGCGGUCAAUUCCAACUGUCAAAACGACCCCCUGACCACCACAAUCCCGCAGUAUGCGAUCCCAGCCGCCGCAGCCGACACGACCAUCACCAUUACGAUUGCCGGAGCGCCCGACGAGACAGGCGUCUACCAUUGGACCAUGAACGGCGUGUCCUACGACGGCGACCUUGCCAAUCCUCUCCUCCCGCAAGCCGUGGCCGGCCAAACCAAUUUCGACGCCCAUUACAACGUCAUCAACACGGGCGCGGUCACCACCGUGCGCAUCGUCAUCAUCAACGUGACACCGGCCCCGCACCCGAUGCACAUGCACGGGCACGACUUCCAGGUCCUGGCCGAAGGCUUCGGCACGUGGGACGGCACCAUCACGAACCCGCAGAACCCGCAGCGCCGAGACGUGCAGAUGCUCUGGGCCGGCGCCUCGCCAAGCAACCCGUCCUACAUCGUGCUGCAGUACACGCAGGACAACCCCGGCCUGUGGCCCCUGCACUGCCACAUCGCAUGGCAUCUCUCGGCCGGCAUGGUGGUCAUGCUCCUCGAACACCCGGAGCAGUUGUCGUCGAUCCAGAUCCCCGAGACCGUCGCGCAGACCUGCUCAAGCUACUCGACCUGGUACGCGGCGAACCCGGGCGUCGAGAUCGAGGAUGCUCUACGGAAGCGCACGCUCGGCGAGAAAAUGGUCGACUACAUGAAGGGCGCGGACCACGCCGCGCACCUGGACAAGCACCGCAAGCGCGGCGUGCACGGCUACCGUGGGUACGGCCACAAUGCCACGGUCGAGGAUUUCCCCGCCCACGGCAAGUUCAAGGGCAAUGCGACGCAGGGAGCCGGUGCGUUUGGCACGGGCAAGCCAAGUGGAAGUGAGGGCGAGGGGUGGUCGCCGAAGACGCAUUCCGGUAGUGGCGGCGCAAAGGCUGCAAAGUCGACGACCAACAGUAAGUGGCAGACGCACUCGCGCCCGAGCAGCGUGCAGAGUAACCUUGCGAAGAGCUCGACUACGGGCAAGACGGAGCGGAAGAGGGACGAGGUGUAG